AUGGUGGGCUCCGGUGUUUUCCUGAUAGACAUCAUAUCAGUGUUCCCUUUCAAAGGCAUCGACCGUGUCUUCAGUAUUUACAUUGUUAAUACUCCUGGAGCAGACUUUGCUGAAGGAAACAUUCACCAUAAGGCCCUGCUGAUCUCGGUGACGAUUUGCAGUAUACUUCUAGUGCUUAUUAUCAUAUUCUGCUACUUCAGAUACAAACGCCAAGAGACGAGGCCCCGCUACAGCAUCGGGCUGGAGCAGGAUGAGACCUACAUUCCCCCUGGAGAGUCCCUGAAGGAUUUGAUCGAGCAGUCCCAGAGCUCAGGGAGCGGCUCCGGGCUCCCUCUCCUGGUUCAAAGAACCAUCGCAAAACAGAUUCAGAUGGUGAAGCAGAUUGGAAAAGGUCGCUACGGAGAAGUCUGGAUGGGAAAGUGGCGUGGCGAAAAGGUAGCCGUGAAAGUGUUUUUUACCACGGAGGAGGCCAGCUGGUUCAGAGAAACAGAAAUCUACCAGACUGUCCUGAUGAGGCAUGAAAACAUUCUCGGAUUCAUUGCUGCAGAUAUUAAAGGUACAGGAUCGUGGACCCAGCUGUAUCUCAUCACUGACUACCAUGAGAAUGGCUCGCUUUAUGAUUAUCUAAAAUCUACUACCUUGGAUACAAAAGCCAUGCUAAAACUGGCUUACUCCUCUGUUAGUGGCUUAUGCCACCUGCACACUGAGAUCUUCAGUACUCAGGGCAAACCUGCUAUUGCCCACCGUGACCUAAAAAGUAAGAAUAUCCUGGUGAAAAAGAAUGGCACCUGCUGUAUAGCAGAUUUGGGCUUGGCUGUUAAAUUUAUCAGUGAUACAAACGAAGUAGACAUACCUCCAAAUACCCGUGUAGGAACAAAACGUUACAUGCCUCCUGAGGUGCUGGAUGAAAGCUUGAAUAGAAAUCACUUUCAGUCGUACAUCAUGGCUGAUAUGUACAGUUUUGGACUCAUCCUUUGGGAGAUAGCAAGGAGAUGUGUUUCAGGAGGAAUAGUUGAGGAAUACCAGCUCCCGUACCACGACCUUGUGCCCAGCGACCCCUCGUACGAGGACAUGCGGGAGAUUGUGUGCAUCAAGAGACUACGCCCUUCGUUUCCCAACAGAUGGAGCAGUGAUGAGUGCCUACGGCAGAUGGGGAAGCUGAUGAUGGAGUGCUGGGCUCACAACCCCGCCUCCCGGCUCACAGCCCUGCGGGUCAAGAAAACACUUGCCAAAAUGUCAGAGUCGCAGGACAUUAAUCUCUGACUCAGCCACAGGCAUCUUUCGUGAAGGCUCAUGGAAAUGGACUUUCUCAUGCAGGCAGGAGUCCUGAAGAGGUAUCGGAAGUCUUUGCCUAUAAGUACCUUGGAUGCAGUCAUGCUUAAGAGCAGCUGUAAGUUUGUUUGACAGCUUUUGAGAGAAUCUUCCUGUGCAAAAAUCAGCUGAAUUUUGACGUACAAAAUCAGAAGAGGCUUGUCUGCCCUUGUUUACAUGGGGAAAUACAGUUUUAGUAACUGGUUUAAGAUUAUGCAUGUUGCUUUCCAUGAAAGCCACUUAUUAUUUUAUUAUUAUUAUUGUUAUUAUUAUU